GGCGGUGAUUGCCGGUCGUUUGUUGUGGCUGUUAAAUUUUAAACUGCCAUGCACUCAGCUUCCAGUAUGCUGGGAGCGGUGAAGAUGGAAGGGCACGAGCCGUCGGACUGGAGCAGCUACUAUGCCGAACCGGAGGGGUACUCCUCCGUGAGCAACAUGAACGCCGCCCUCGGAAUGAACGGCAUGAACACCUACAUGAGCAUGUCGGCAGCCGCCAUGGGCAGUGGCUCCGCUAACAUGAGCGCUGGCUCCAUGAACAUGUCGUCGUACGUGGGAUCGGGCAUGAGCCCUUCCCUAGCCGGCAUGUCCCCUGGGGCAGGAGCCAUGGCGAGCAUGGGAGGCUCGGCCGGGGCGACCGGUGUGGCUGGCAUGGGACCACACCUGAGUCCGAGCCUGAGCCCACUUGGGGGACAGGCAGCGGGGGCCAUGGGCGGCCUGGCCUCUUAUGCCAACAUGAACUCCAUGAGCCCCAUGUAUGGGCAGGCGAGCCUGAGCCGCGCGCGGGACCCCAAGACGUACCGGCGCAGUUACACGCACGCUAAGCCCCCCUAUUCGUAUAUCUCGCUCAUCACCAUGGCGAUCCAGCAGAGCCCCAACAAGAUGCUGACGCUGAGCGAGAUCUACCAGUGGAUCAUGGACCUCUUCCCAUUUUAUCGGCAGAACCAGCAGCGCUGGCAAAACUCUAUCCGCCACUCGCUCUCCUUCAACGACUGCUUCCUCAAGGUGCCCCGCUCGCCCGACAAGCCUGGCAAGGGCUCCUUCUGGACCCUGCACCCGGAUUCAGGCAACAUGUUUGAGAACGGCUGUUACUUGCGCCGUCAGAAGCGCUUCAAGUGCGAGAAGCAGCUGGCCCUGAAGGAAGCAGCAGGCUCCACGGGCGGUGGAAAGAAGGCGGGCUCAGGGGCUCAGGCCUCGCAAGGUCAACUCGGGGAAGGCUCAGGGCCGGCCUCCGAGGCAACGGUGGGCACCGAAUCACCCCGCUCGAGGGCCUCUCCGUGCCAGGAGCACAAGCGAGGGGUCAUGAGGGAGUUGAAGGGUACGCCGGCCACGGCAUUGAGCCCCCCAGAGACGGCGCCGUCGCCGGGGCAGCAGACGCAGGCCGCGACUCACCUGCUGGGCCCUCCUCACCAUCCCGGCUUGCCUCCGGAGGCCCACCUUAAGCCGGAGCACCACUAUGCCUUCAACCACCCUUUCUCCAUCAACAACCUCAUGUCCUCCGAGCAGCAGCACCACCACAAUCACCACCACCACCAACCCCACAAAAUGGACCUCAAGGCCUACGAACAGGUGAUGCACUACCCCGGCUAUGGUUCCCCUAUGCCCGGAAGCCUAGCCAUGGGCUCAGUUACGAACAAAGCGGCCCUGGACGCCUCACCCCUGGCGGGGGACACCUCCUACUACCAGGGAGUGUACUCUCGGCCCAUUAUGAACUCCUCCUAAGACAGCUGCUGACCCCACUAGCCCGGACAAAGACAAGAGAGAGAGGAAGUGGGGUGGAGACUUUGAGGUAGGGAUGUUGGAGAGAUGCAGGGGAGAAGAAAUCCAAGACACUCCCACCCCCAGAAAGCAGUUUCCCCUUACCCUCUGCAGCUCUUCCCUCCUGAAUAGAUGGGCCACGCUGAUAUGUAUCAUUCCAUAUAAGGAGGGAAAAAGAUAAACAGUCAAAAAUACAAAAAGAAAAAGGCUUCCAGUUUCUGCUACUGUGUAGAUGCCUGCUUCUUGCAGCAUCUGCGAAUUCUGAUUUUUGUUGUUGUACUCUUUCAUUGCUGUUGUUGCAGGGAAGUAUUACUUUAUUUAAAAACAAAACAAAACGAAAAAAAACACACACACAAAAACAAAACAAAACAAAAAAAAAUUCCACAAACUUUUGUGAGUCAGUGUAAAGCAAUGUAGUUUUAACAGAGAACCAGAGAAUUGUACCAUUGAUUAAAAAGAGAGGGGGGGGAAAGAUGUAAGGGUCUGUUUUAAAUGACCAAGGAAAAAUAUACAUUCCUAUGUUUGACACAGUGAAAUCCAGGUCUCGGGUCUGAUUAAUUUAUGGUUUCUGUGUGCUUUAUUUAUGGCUUGUAAAUAUGUCUUCUGGCUGCAAGGACCAGAGUUCCACAAAUAUAUAUUAAAGUGUUAUUGCCGGUUUUAA